CAAACUUCAAUCUUAUUUAUUUUGAUUAUUAUAUAAUUCAACAUACGAAAUCAAAAAGUUACGUAAUUAAUGAAAAAGUUGAUAGAUAAAAGUGAUAAGUUGAAAAACAAGAUCUAGACAGACUUCCGGAAUGUGAAUUAGGCUAAAUUAGUCGACAAUUUUUGCCUAAUAAUGCAGUUGUUGGUCAAAAUCCUGAAAUGUGAAUAUGCUAAAAAGGUAUACCAUAGUCUACACCAAUAAAAUCCACUGUCGGUUUUCCAUAAGUAAUUAUUCUCGGAAUUUGGGAUGGAAGAUCGUCAAGAUGGAACUUUGGAAUUGAGAAUUGAAGAAUCAAUCGGAGCGAAAUAACCGAAUAAUAUACUCAAUAGAGUUUUUAUUUUGCAAAAAACAAUAAUUUAGCCGAGAUGCAAACUAUCGGCUGUCACCCGCACAGCCACCCUUCAAUCGCCGAUCUCCGCCGAAACAGUCGCCGCUCUCCGGCCGUGGAGACAUCUCCCGUGAUCCGCGCCUACAAAGAUGCCAGAUUCGAAGCUCGCAAAAAGAAGGGCUCAACUAGAACGUCGAGGUUGGCCGAGUCCCUGUCAAACUUCAUCAAUCUUCAGAUCGAGACGGCCACCAUUGCCCGACGGAACAAUCUUGUGAACGUCGAAGACAAGGCCGACACUCCCAUAUCGUCUCCCAAGCAAAAUAUAUCCCGCGAGUGGCGCGAACUCCAUGGUUGCCGGGAAUGGGAAGGUCUUCUCGACCCGCUCCACCCGUUUCUCCGGCGUGAGAUCGUCAAGUACGGUGAAUUCGCACAGGCAACGUACGACGCGCUUGAUUUCGACUACUGCUCGGAGUACGCCGGGAGUUGCAGGUACAAUCCCCACAAGCUGUUCGACGAAUUGUCGCUUACAAGGAGCGGUUACAGAGUCGUCAAGUACAUGUAUGCCAUGUCGCAGAUCGACCUACCGGAGUGGCUAGAGGCGUCUCAAUUGGUCAACCGGUGGAGCAAGGACUCGAAUUGGAUCGGGUUUGUGGCCGUGAGCGAUGACGAAGAAACGCUGCGGAUUGGCCGGAGAGACAUCGUUGUGGCGUGGCGGGGAACAGUGACGCCAACGGAGUGGUAUGAGAACACGCAGAACAAGCUGGUGGCGAUCGGGCAAGGAGAAGGAAAAGUCGAACAAGGCUUCCUCAACAUCUACACUUCGAAGUGCGAUUCCUCGCCAUACAACAAAUCCAGCGCGUCGGAGCAAGUCAUGCGGCAGCUCCGAGACUUGGUGGAAGCAUACGGAGGUGAAGACAUGAGCCUGACAAUCACCGGGCACAGCCUGGGUGGCGCGCUAGCCGUUCUGAAUGGCUACGAGUCGGCAGCCAACUUCCCCGGCCUCCCAAUCGCCGUGAUAUCCUUUGCAUCACCAAGAGUAGGGAACAUCGCGUUCCGCGACGAGCUGUACCAGAUGGGGGUCAAAACGCUGCGCGUGACGGUGAAGCAGGACUUGGUGCCAAGAAUGCCUGGGAUCGUGUUCAACGAAAGCCUGCAGAAGUUUGAUGAACUGACAGGAACACUGGAGUGGGUUUACACGCACGUGGGAGCUGAACUGAAGCUGGAUGUGAGAGCAUCACCGUAUCUGAAAAGAGGGUUUAAUUUCGUAGGGAUCCAUAUGCUGGAGACGCAUCUUCAUCUGGUGGAUGGGUGGGUGAGCAGGAGUUCAACGUUUAGGGGCGACGCCAAAAGGGAUGUGGCGUUGGUGAAUAAAGAUUGUGAUAUGCUGGUGGAUGAGCUCAGAAUACCACCCAACUGGUACCAAUUGGCCAAUAAAGGUCUGGUGCGUAAUGCUUCUGGUAGGUGGGUUAGGCCCAAAAGGAAACCUGAAGAUGUGCCUUCACCAACCACCUUCUAACCUCAAAAUAUCCAAUUAACAAACUUCUUGUAGGAAUCUUUUUUCCCAUAUAAUCCUAUUUUUUUUAAUAUACCUAGUAGCAUUUUAUCCAGGAGAGAUAUGAAUCUUCAUUGUAUAGUAUGUCCUGAAGCUAUUCUAUUCUGCAUUGGCCGGGUAUGUACAGUUAAAUAUUGAAUCAUUCUGAUUCCAUGUAAUCAUUUUGAUUCUCUAAUAUAAUCACAAAACUGGUUUGAUUUUAAC